GUGGCUUUUGUUUUGUUUUGUUUUUGUUGCUUCCCCCGGUUCACCUUCCGCUGUCCCCCCUCAUCAGUGUCCGGUAGAAAGGAGCUUUACAGAGGUUGUUAGCUAGCUCUUACGGUGGAGCAAAUAACAGGACGUCGUUGGGUACGCUGCGAACAAGGGGGUUUCUUUGCUGCUAGCUUGUGAAGAUACUUUUACACUAGCUUAAGCUAAUCUUCCCACCGGUUGGUUUCGCCGAGUAGCCCUUUAUAUUUGCACCCCCAAAGACAGCCUGAAACGAGUGACAGCGAUGGUUACGUGUGGUUAUUGUUGUUGAGAUAGACGUCGAUCCACUCCCUUUAAGACUGAGCCGAGGUAACAAAGCCUGUUACAACUUGUGUUUAGCCUUUUCAGUUUCAUUUCUUGUUCGCAGUCCAGUUGGGUAGAUUUGCUUAGUCCCUGGCUGCCCCCCCCCCCUCCUCAGAGACCCCAAGGGACCCGGUUCACUCAGGGGGCCAAGGUGUCAAGGUUACUCUCCUGUAAACGCUGUAAAGUUAUCCUUGAUGUCAGUGUUUCAGUGUUUGUGGCCCUGUUCACAGUUCUCCUCUGCCUCAGCGAGUCUCACUUUUUUUUUUUUUUGUUGUAUUUGUUGUGGAGAAAGCUGACCUCUGCCUUUCCUUCCUGCCCAGCCUCUCCAGAGACAGUGGGAGAGUGAUAGUGUCAGCUUACAUCUCUGACCAUUAUAAGGUCAAGGCCAAGACUAGGCUUACAGUCCACUUACAGUCCACUGAGGCUGAAAUACAGAGUGUUGUUUUUCUUCUUUGGCCUUUGUCUAAGCUUGUUUGUUUGUGGCCGAAUGCAUUCACCAAACAAGCAUUUAAUCACGGGGUAGUUCGACACUGAAAGGUUUUAAAGAUGACAACUUCAUGGAGUGACAGACUGCAGAACUAUGCCGAUUUGCCUGCCAACAUGGACGGACUGACAAUGAAAAAAUACAGAAGAGAGCCAUACCACAGAGUGUUUGUCAACAGAAGCUUGGCAAUGGAGAAGAUAAAGUGCUUUGGCUUUGAUAUGGAUUACACUUUAGCAGUGUAUAAGUCACCGGAGUACGAGUCACUAGGUUUUGAGCUCACAGUGGAACGGCUGGUUUCCAUUGGUUACCCCCAGGAGCUGCUGAGCUUUGUCUACGACCCAUCCUUUCCCACCAGGGGCCUUGUCUUUGACACCAUGUAUGGAAACCUGUUGAAGGUUGACGCCUAUGGUAAUAUUUUGGUCUGUGUCCACGGUUUCAACUUCCUCCGAGGCCCUGAGAUCCGUGAACGAUACCCAAACAAGUUUAUCCAGAGAGAUGAUACAGAGCGCUUUUAUAUCCUUAACACACUCUUUAACCUGCCAGAGACCUACCUCUUUGCUUGCCUGGUGGAUUUCUUCUCCAACUGUGACAGAUACACAAGCUGUGAGAGUGGCUUCAAAAAUGGCGACCUCUUCAUGUCCUACAAGAGCAUGUUCCAGGAUGUCCGUGACGCCGUCGACUGGGUCCACUUCAAGGGCACUCUGAAGGAGAAGACGGUUGAGAACUUGGAGAAGUAUGUAGUGAAAGAUGGGAAGUUGCCUCUUCUCCUCAGCCGAAUGAAUGAAGUUGCCAAGGUUUUCUUGGCUACCAACAGUGACUACAAAUACACUUAUAAAAUCAUGACCUACCUGUUUGACUUCCCUCAUGGCCCGAAGGCUGGUACCUCCCACCGGCCCUGGCAGUCCUACUUUGAUCUGAUCCUGGUGGACGCCAGGAAGCCGUUGUUCUUCGGAGAGGGUACAGUGCUCAGACAAGUCGACACGACAACAGGGCGUUUAAAGAUAGGAACCUACACAGGACCUCUGCAGCAUGGUAUAGUCUACUCUGGAGGUUCCUCAGACAUUGUGUGUGACCUGCUGGGGGCCAAGGGGAAGGACAUAGUCUACAUCGGGGACCAUAUCUUUGGAGACAUCCUCAAGUCCAAGAAACGUCAAGGCUGGAGGACGUUCCUGGUUAUACCGGAGUUGGCCCAGGAGCUGCAUGUGUGGACUGACAAGAGCUCCUUAUUCGAGGAGCUGCAGGGGCUGGACAUUUUCUUGGCAGAACUCUACAAACAUCUGGACAGCAGCAGCAACGAGAGGCCAGACAUCAGCACUAUUCAGAGAAGAGUCAAGAAAGUGACACACGACAUGGACAUGUGCUACGGCAUGAUGGGUAGCCUUUUCCGCAGUGGCUCCAGACAGACCUUGUUUGCCUCUCAAGUGAUGCGUUACGCUGACUUGUACGCAGCCUCCUUCAUCAACCUGCUGUAUUACCCCUUCAGCUACCUCUUCAGAGCUGCACACGUUCUGAUGCCACAUGAGUCGACGGUUGAACACGCCCACGUGGACAUUGACACGGAGUCGCCGCUGGCCACACGCAACCGCACCCACUGCAGCGACUGCAAGGACCUGGAGUGCAAACGCAACCAGCUGACCCGCUCUUUCAGUGAGAUCAAACCUCCCAACCUGUUCCCCCAGACGCCGCAGGAGAUCACUCACUGCCACGAUGAGGAUGAUGAUGAGGAGGAAGAGGAGGAGGAGGAGGAGGAGGAGGAAGAGGAGGAGGAAGAGGAGGAGGAGGAGGAGGAGGAGGAGUAAUAAGCAUAAAGAGGAAAGACACGUUCCUGUUCCUGCCUUCUUAUGUUUCCCAGUAGAGUCAGGUAGUUACCUCUCUCAAAGUGAGGCAGGGAGGAAAAACAUCUCCAGUGCGUGUGUGUAUAUAUCAAUACUGUAUACACACACACACACACACACACACACACACACACACACACACACACACACACACACACACACACACACACACAUACUGGAGAUUUCUAUGGAAAGUGAAAAGGACCAGUAGCAAGACAGAUCAUAUGACUGUCAGAAGACCAUAUGCAUGCUUGGUCCUCUAAACCCAAGUUUUCCUAGCUUCAUUAUAGAAAAAAACACUCUAUGGUUUUUAAUUGAUUUAUUUUGAUUUCUGUAUUAUUCCCGUCAGACAGACUCAUCGCUGAAUGUUUUAUAAGCUGACUUUUAAGACCUGCUGGUGGAUUAGAUAGAUGUAGUCAUAUUUACACUUAAAUCCAUCCAAUAAGGUCAGUAAACUGUAGUUUUAAUUCCAACAGACUUGCCUUGCUGACACAGUAUGCAAAUUAUAAUCAAACAAAAAAACACUUUGCAGUUGCGGUGUCAAAAAAAAAGAGAAAAAAAGAAAAGAUGCACAUACUGUAUUAAAACAGACAUUUUUUACUGCAACAUGGGAACAACAUUCAGUUAUUUUUCAUCCGUUUAGUUUCAUCUUGUCUGUUUUCUUGUUGUUAUGGAGGAGUGCUUUGUUCUAACUUGUAUGUAAAUGUGUGUGCGUGUGUGUGUCUGCCAAAAUAGACAGCAUCCUGAGUGAGGGUAAGCGAUCCAUCGUACUAAACCGAAGCACAGGAGCACUCAAGCACAAGCUGGCGUUAAACCAAUCAAUAACCAGAUGCAUUUUUUGUGUGAAGUUUGGCUGAGGAAACAUGUUCCCAGAGUGGCUCUUGAACUGAUAUUUUGUUACCAAGCAACAAUGAUGACAAAGUACUGUAAACAUAUUUUAUGCUGAUAGACUCUAUGACAACCCUGAACUACGACAGUGUUUCUGUAAAUAGCGAUCAGGUGAAUGGUUUAACGCUAACAUGCAGUAUUUUUUCCACUCGGUUACUUACUUACUAGGAAGGUGGAACUCGAGUAUUUCUUUUACUUUUUCAGAGGGUUUUAUUGUAGAAGGGGAGAUGAACAAUACAAGACAGUUUGGAUCAGCUCAAGCAGGGAUGUUUGAAGUGAUCUUUGUCAGGUGUGUAAUGCAAAGAAAAGAGAAUGCAAGGAAACAAGGAUUUUUAGGUUCAGUAGGUCUACCAAAGUGCAGACUGUGAUUGGCUUGCUUCGUUUAUCUCCUUUUGCGUACAGUAUUCUACUGUUGGGCCUCCGAGCACUGUGAAGUGACUCUUUCAUUAUAGUGUCGGUUCUCGCUGUGAUCAGUAGUUUAAAACUGGAUGAAGAUCUCUGAGUUUAAGCUCUUGACUUUGAAUUUACUUUAAGCACAGGUCAACAGAAGCUUGUUGAACUUAAAAGCCCCUGAAAACCUCUUUAUUUAUUUCUAACACAAAAUAUUUCUGACUAACUUUGACAAUUUAAAAAAACAUCUUAAGGUAUUAUUUAUGAAGAGUUUAUAUCUCAAAAACUCCUAGUUUACCUGCUUCAGCAGCAGUGUGGGUGUGGUUUGAUUUAACUGACAUUAAGUGUGUUUCCAUACACCUGUUUUGAUGUGCAUUUUCAAUUCUGUGCCCCCCCAAAAAAAGAUCCUGAGUAGAAAUGCAAUACAUUCAUUUAAAAAAAAAAAAAGUCAAAAUAUGCUUUAGAAGUCUUUACUCUUGGUUGAAGUGGAAAGUUGGUAUAUCAAUAGGAGCAACAAGGGGACAGUGCAAAAAAAAAAGUGCAAAAUUAUGCAUAAAUGAUGACGAAGAAUUGCAGCAGACAACAACAUUAAAUGAAUACAUGAAAGAAACCUAAAUGACAGUAUUUCCAUCAUGUUUCCACAUUGUUUUUGUUCAUCUGACGUUUGAAUGGCACUCUUUUAAUUUCGUUACCUUGUUGCACCUUCUUCUGCAGUGGUGGCACCUGACUCUUAAUCUCAAUGAACCAAUGAACUAAUAUUCUCAAAACGUGUAGUAAUUUGCAUCUUCUUUUACCUAAUUUCUGUAAACCGCUUUAAUACUCAUAUGGAAACUGUCUAGUGACCAAACAACCCCGCCCGCAACUGCCAUCAGAUUUUCAUUCAAAUGUUGCUGAAUCCUGAUUGGUGGAAGUAUGUGCCAACAGCUUUUCCCAACGGAGCCCCACCCACUUCAAAGUAGUGACAAGAGCACAGAGAAAAACACAAACUCUGCUAUCUCUAAUGUGAAAUAACAAAAACAGUGCGUUCAUGUAAGACCCCAUCGUCCAUAGCGUCACGCUCAUGGAGAACCGCUUUCAGGGCCUUUAACCCAGGUAUCACUUGUGUCUGUUUUAACACGUGUGUCCAAAUGCAUCAGUGCCGGUAUAGUAAUAGCACCGAGAGAGCUGCCAGAAUUUCAAACACGGUGACUUGAUCUUUUAUUUUCUUUCCUAUUUUAACAUCCAGUGUAUCCUGUAUGGUAACAUUUCUCACCUUUUUAUAUUUAGUCUUCAUAUGUUGGAUCAGUCCUGUAAGUGUUGGCUCGGCCUGUUGAUUUAGGCCACAAAAGGGAAGGAACAUGCCGUCUAUUUAAUAGCUGCAUCAUUUUUGCUUUGGCUUGAUUUGGUGUGGAGAAAAGGUGAAUGUGUUUAAUUGCGACUUUAUGAUGAUUCAUUGGAUGAAACCUUGUAGGACAUUAAGAAACACAUUACAGCUGUUUAUCUUUUAUUUUUUUCUAUUCUUUUCUUUUUUCUUUUUUACAAAUGAAAUGGUUGUAUUAUCAAUUUAGAUUUUAGUUUCUUGAACAUAGAAUAACUGGAUAUGCUACAUGAGGCAGCUUUGUUGCUAAUAGGAAAUGGUCGACUGUCUUUUCUUUGCAUAAUUUGCGUAUGCAUGUGAAAAUAACUAGCAUAUCUGUUCUGCCAAGGUGGUUUAUGGUAGCAUUGGUUUUACUUCUAUGUGGGCUGCAUCAUUUCAGGAAAAGCUUUUUUUUUACAUUUGUCAUUGUAGUUUACGCAGGGACAAAAACAACUGCAAACCUGUAAAAAAGAAACUGGCAAUGAAGGGAAAUGUGAACAGCAUGUUAAGUUCCGUAACAAAAAUGUUCCUUGCAAACACCAUUGGGUUAUUUUUAUUUUUCUAAGCUAGUGUUUUUAAAUGAUCCUGGUUUACAGAACUGUAAAUAGACAUUUCCAUUUCCUUUACUUAUCAUUUAUUUUUUUUCCAAAACGUUUUUUUUUUUCGUUAACUUUUAUACAAUACCACAGAAGUCUGUUGCUCUGACUUUGAACUGACUAAAGUCUGGCAAAUAGGUUUCAGUGCUGUAGGAGAUUGUUAUCCAUCGUUGUGAUGCCCACAAUGCACCCACAUUAACAGGUGCCAAAACAGUCACCUUUCAUUUUCUAAACUACAGUAAUCUUUUGUUUUUAUGCAUAUCAAUUCAUGUUCUCCCAAACAGUGUUUUGUUUGUUUCCAGAAAUUACCCUACAGACUGUACAUUGAGGUAAAUUACAUAAAAAUGUAGAAUAAAGAUAGUUUUUCAUAA